UACUAAUCAUUUUGCGAUUGACUUGAAGCCGAAAAGUGGGGCGACGGACCAGCGUAUUCAUACGCAUGCGCUUCCUUUAUGGGUUUUGAUUGGUUGAAAGGAACCAAGAACGGUAAACAGUAAGAAAGCCAAGCUAACCUAAAAAUAUUCUCAUUAUGUUUUGUGUUGAUGUGUUGUGUUAGUCCUUUGGUGUAUUUUCUCUAAUAAUUGCGACUAUUAUCCUGUAUAUAUUUUAACCAAAAACUUUAUUAAACUUUGUUUGUUGUUAGUUAUUAGUAUUAGAGAUAUGGGUAGACUUUGUGCCUUAUGUCGUUCAAAGAAAAGCGAAGAAAUUUAGCUCCACGGAUUUCCUACAAAUAAGGAAAUGGAAGCCAAGUGGAAACUAGCUUGUGGAUUUGAAAAAUCUGAUUGUGUUAAAACCAUUGUCAUUUGCUCAAACCACUUUAAGGUGGAAGACUAUUAUACUAGAUUUAUUGGGUCAUAUGAUAAAAGGAAGUUAAAACCUAAUGCUGUACCAUCCGUGAAUGUUCCACAUAAGGAAUAUAUUUCUCCAAAUGUCGAACAGUUAUCAGCAGUGGAAAAGAAAAACGAGAGCGAUGAAUUUAGCGAAGUCCCUUCAAAAAAACUUAAGAUGGAUCUGAUGACAGAGAACAAAUCAAUGGAAACGAUUGUAUCAUCUCAACCUAAGUUUACUGAAUUACCCUCAACUUCUGCCUUAGAAAGUGAUCCAUUGUCAGGUGAAGAUGUUAAUGUUUCUACACCUAGAAAGAAUAAGAGAAUCAGAAGAUCAAGCCCAGAUGUUGCAACACCAAGACGUGCUAAGAGAGCUCUCUACCAGUCCCGAUAUGUUCAAGGUCAACUUCGGUAUAGGAUUAAAAAAUUGCAGCAAGAUAAAAGACGACUUGUAAAGAAGAUAUCGACAUUGAAGGAACUUGUAGAAAAAUUAAAAUCUAAGGCAUUAAUAAGUGAAAAUUGUGGCGAUGGUAAAGUUAUAAUGGUUAUAGUUAGUUAAUAUUAGAAGAUGGGUUGGAACCUUUGGUGUAGACACUAUCGGAGAUAAGUUCUGCGCACACCGAAACGAGAAGGUGUUAGUAACGCCCAAGUCAGAAGAACGAUUUUUAUUAUAAAAGUAAAAUCGCAACAUACAACUUUACAAUUUAUUAUUUAGGCAGCAAUCAAGGCUAUUGCUAUGUAUUGCAUGAGUAAAUAUCGAAGAGAGGACCGGAUGAAAUUGGAAGUUGUUUAUAGAUCUUUUUAAAAAGGUUAAAGAAAAUGGCAUACGAAUGGUUAUUCUUUAUUCCGACAAUUGCGGUGGUCAAAACCGUAAUCGUUUUGUUUUUGCGAUGUUUGCUUAUGCAUCACUGACUUUGGAUUUGGAAAUAACACACCGUUUUUUUGAAAUUGGCUACACGCAGAAUAAAAUGACAGCAUGCAUGCUAUGAUUGAAGUUGCAAAAAAAAACAUCACUGUUAUAUGCACUCCUGAUAGUCCUGAUCAGUGGAUUAGUCUAAUAAAACUGGCCAAAGUUACUGCCCCACAGUACAAAGAAAAAGAAAUGUCUCAAGAAGAUUUUGUAACUUUUAAACCAAUGGUAAAGAAACAAAACUGGAAAAAAGAUAUUACUGGAGAGGCUGUAAAAAUCAGCAAAAUCAGAGAAAUCCACUGCAAUCCAGUCUCCCAAUAAAAUAUUUUUUGUGUAUAAUUUUGGAGAAAAUCAUAAAGAACUAGACUUACAAACAAAAAAUACACGCAAACGUGAAGAAUAUCAAUUUCCAAGAUUGUAUCAAGAGUUGCUGCCAAUUGAUGGUAAAGAAUUAAGCAGUAUUUUGAGUCUGUGUAAGGCUAAUUUUAUACCACCGAUGUAUCAUGGAUUUUACAACUCCCUUCGGCCUGCUAGUAAGACUAACCACCAGGAAGAAAGUAAUAUUGACCAAGAAGAUGACUCUGACUGAAUUGUAAUAAAUUUUCCUUUUAUGUCAUUAUUGAUU